AUGCAGACUGCUGAGACCAGUAGAGAAGUUGAAAAUAAGAAUGAGAAUGUUAAAAUGGAGGUGCUGGUCAAUGGUGAGCAGAAUAUGGUCUGUCUAAUUGUCUGUGCUGCUAUAUGGAUCUCUGAGGUCAUUGUUGGAGCCUAUACCGAGGAUGGACUGCACCUGAAUAAUUCCCUCAGCUCUCCAGAGUCAGAAGAGUUUCCACGUUUGACUGUUCCUUUUGGUGGGACCAUAAAGGGAGGGAUGAGACCGGGGAAGAAGAUCGUCAUAAUGGGGAUUGUGGAUCCCAACCCCACAAGCUUUGAGAUCAGCCUGUGCUGUGGAGACUCUGAUGUAUCACCAGCUGACGUUGCCGUUGAACUCCAGGCAAGAUUUCCUGAUCAACAGUUUGUCCGAAAUGCUUUUGUCUCUGGAGAAUGGGGAGAGGAGGAGACUUCAAUUCAAUAUUUCCCCUUCAUCCCAGAUCAGCCAUUUAGGUUGGAGAUACAUUGCGAAUACCAACGAUUCCGUAUAUUUGUCGAUGGGCACCAGCUCUUUGAUUUUCACCAUCGUGUCUCUGACUUAUCAGGAAUUGACAAGAUAAAAAUCUUCGGAGAUUUGCAGCUGACUAAACUGGGUUAGGAUAUUUUUGGGACUGUCAGGAGAAACUGUGACGUUUUCCAUCAGUCUGUCAAAGACUCGCCGUCACAUUGUGUGGCAGAGCCAUCUGGGUCUGAGCUAUCUCGGUGUCAGGCUCCAUUGUCUACUGUCUCAACAGAAACAUGGAACCAUUGUUCAGACAUUGCCAAUGUCACUGAUUUGGGGAAUUGGGGGAAGCACUCAUAACAGAAGUAAAAUCCAAUUGGAGAUGGCUCUGAGCCUGCUAGCAUAAUUUAUUCUGCUGGGUUUGUGUGUGGGACAUCUGCACCAAGGGGUAGGGAGGGAGGAUAAGGGCAUUGAAUGGAGUGACUUUUUUUGUGUGUUGUUUAUACCAUGCACUACAGUCUCUGCACUGAAAUGACAGCACAACUCAUUAACAAAUAUAUAUUUUAAAACAAAGAGCAGAACUAGUCAGGGUAUUGUCUAGAUUGUAAAUAGUUUUUGUAGAAUGUAACAUGGAUGGUGUGGUUUGUGUUCUGUAUGACACUAGAUACUUAUUUAUAUACAUCAUGCAUUUUAGUCUUAAUGAAUCAUUAACCAUUGGAAUGUUAGCAAACGAUUGUAUUAGAUAUUUAGAUGAUUCUGUAAACUAAAGAUAUAUUUCUUGAUACUCUUAACUUAUUAAUAGUUUUAUUGAUAAGAUCACAUGUUUUAUUGCUUCCAAUCAAUAAUCACUUCUAAAAUAAAGAGACAUAAUCUGUAAUGUUCGUCAUAAAGUUCUUAUUUCUGGGAAAUAUCUCGCAGUUUCUGCUUCAACGUGUUUCAAAUUAAUCUGCUAAACCGAGCUUUUAAUUAGAUCGAUUGGUAUCAGCAGGAACUGCAUUUUCUAUAAGUUAUUGUAAUUUACAUAAUAUUUCACAAAUUUCUAAAUGUAAAAAGAUUAAUUUCAAGGGACAAUUGAAUAUCUAAUACUUUACAUGUUUUCAGUGUUUGCUCUCAGUCACUGUUAUUUACCAGGGAAAAGAACAGACUUUGAGAACUGAUAGAUCCAAUGAGCAGAGAGAUUACUGAUUGUGUUUCAUGAUAAACUACUUUGUCAGAGGCACACUAAUUUUGUGAGUAUUGCAAUCAGGAUCUGUCAUAUGGAGCAGAAACACUUGGCUGUUUUCCAUUUAACCUUCCUAUUUAUGUGUGUUGCAGCAUUUGUCAAGUGUUUUUUUUCACAAGCCCCUCUGUGCGGUGUGUGUCCAUCUGAGUCUGCACAUUUCACUGCCAGACCGAGACAGAAACAUU